CGGAGUCUUAAAGUCAUCCAAAUUAACUAGUGCAUAUAUUGAUUACUUGAUUAGAUAGGCUAGAUAGCAACACAACUAAGCUCUGUAACCAAAUUCUAAUGUACCAUUAUUUUCAUUCUUCAAAAAGAUAGCAAAUAACUAAAUCAGUUUUAACGAAAUAGUACGUCGUUUACGAAAAUAACCAGGCUAUAAAGUAGAACUAGUGGAGGAAAAAUAGUUUUGUUUGAAAGCAUAGAGUAGAGUAGAGUAGAGGAAGGAGAGCAGAAUUAGCCUUUUUCCAAAAGAGAUCACAGUACAUUCUGGGAUCGUUUGGAGGGGCAAAAUAUAUAGUGAUAAGCAUAAAAUAUGUGAAAGAGUAUAUAGAAGUAUAUAUACUAUCAAAAUCAACUUUGUAGACGACCAAAAAUGAAAUAUCUCCUUUUUACGUUAAAAGUUUAAUUUUUGUGUGCUGCCAUAUUUCUUGUCCCUCCAACAUGGGAUUUGCGCGACUAGACCCAGGACAUUGAUAUUUCAAGUACUAAACAUAGUAACCGCCGGCUUAUUUUGAAAGCCCUGACUUCUACGUGUAUAUUGCUACAAUUUAGAGCAUUCAACUGCAAUCAUGUUUUACGCUUACUUGGCGUGGUAUCGGCUGGCGAUCCAGUAUUGGUAAUCAUGGAGUUAAUGGAAAAUGGGGAUCUGAAAAGUUUCCUAAGAAAACGAAGACCCGUAAGUAUAAAAUUAUUUUCACCGGGCAAAAAAACAAUACCUGGGUUUCCUGUUUCUAUCCGAAAAUUUAGGUAGGGUAGGUAGUGUUUUCACUUUUGUAAAUGUUUUUAAUGCGCUAAUGCAUGGGAAUAAUAUCAGGGGGCUUAAUUAAGCAACCGACGUUUUGUGAACACGCACGUUAGAUUGACGAUCGGGGAGUAGAUUAAUUAAAAGUGUUUUGUCAGUUUGUGGUAAUCGUCAACACAUGUCACAAAACAUACGAUUUUUAAAGCUUUUAGCUUUCUUACACGAGCGCUGUGGUGUAAAAUGCCACCAAAAUUAGUUUCACAAAUGUUCAGGUGACAAAACGUCGCUUCCUUAAGUUUCCUAUUCUACGUCAAUUACUGCAGCACAGAUGACACAAACGUUAUCAUUACAUUCGUUAUCUGUGAUAUCAAUAAAAUAGGUUGUAGUUUAUAUAAGGCCUUGAAAAUAUAUUUUUCUUCCUAGCAGCAAAAAAGUUUGCUUUUUCACAAAGAAAAUAAAAAAACGUGGUUCGUCCAUGUUUUAUUUCUUGUCUUUAUUCGUCUGUGUAAAGCAGCCGCUUGUUGUAAAAUUACAUACCGCUGGCUCAACCUGCAGCAUAAUGCUGACCAAUGCUGCUGGCCAAUCGGAAGACACGUAAUAAUUACAACGUUAAUGAUAUUUCUAGGAUGCGGAGGAAGAACCUUCACUUCCACCACCAACUGAUAUUGAACUGUAUCAAAUGGCUGCUGAGAUUGCUGAUGGAAUGGCGUACUUAUCUGACAGGAAAUUUGUUCACAGGUAUACUGUAUAUAUAAUACGACAAUUGUGCUUUCAUAGCACGCACUUUAAUUCAUCUGACCAUUGCAUGUAAAGUAGCUGUACACUUUCUGAAUUUCAGUUGACCUUCCCGAACAGCGCACCCACUUCCCAAUAUUUCAUAACCAAUUUCACAUUUUUAUGCUGCUGCAAUGGUUGCAUAUAGGGGUACAUCUCUCUAAAAUACUGUCAUGUUAGCAAUUGGUAAUUAUGUUAAUAAUUACAAAGCUCAGUUUGAGGUAGCAAGACUCAAUCAUUGCUGAGCGUCCGUAUUGUACUUAUUAAACUCCUAUAGAAAAAUGUUGUGUACUAAAUUAAAUUUUAUUAUUGUUGCCAGAAAUAAAUUUUUGUGCCAAUGCAAUUUCUUAUUCUCCAUUUAUUAUGUCGGUAAACCUCUUUCACGAUCCCACCAACAGUGAUGGCGUGUGGAGGUCAUUAUGAUAUAUUUGCACACAGCCUCUCUAAAUAGAUCAUAAUGGCCUCUAUUGGCCAUCCAGCAUGUGUAACGAUUCGUGCUAUCUAUUUGUGUAGAGAUCUUGCAGCAAGGAAUUGCAUGGUGUCUGGCAGUCACACUUGCAAAAUAGGAGGUAUAGUUCAAUCUUUUUGUAGGACGUAACAUACCUUGCGCAUUUCUAAAGCUCUUUUGUCUCAAUUUGAACAACUUGCCUCAAUGAACACUAAUAUCCUUGGGCAGCGGACACUCAGGAUUCUGAACUGACACGUUCAGAUCAGGAUUUUUGUCUCUGUAUUAGCGGAAAGAUGUAGCCCAGGUUUCUCACAUAUUUUUCGAACAUGGACCUCCUAAUUUCAUCAGAUCGUUUCCCAUCAGAUCGCUUUGUAUUACAUUUAAGAAUUUGACCGUUCUGACUAGUAUACGCGCAUUCACCUUCGAAGUAAUGUACUGUACGUGUUCCAAGUUUACAAAAUAACCGCUUUCUUGUCUUAUUAGAUUUUGGAAUGGCACGGGAUGUGUACGAAACAGAUUACUAUCGAAAAGGUGGAAAAGGUAUGAUAACAAGUCCCUUCAAAAUUUAUUUACCAUUACCAUAAAAGAGUGGCUUUUGCAUUAACUUUAUCGAUGGUUUGACCACCCGUACCCAACAUAGAAACAUAGGAACAGUAUAUAAAAAAAUAGGUAAAUAAAGAUUUGUACAAGCGCAUGUAGUAUUGAGAAAUCAGGCCAUUUUCCCUUCCUAAAAUGCGGGUGGGUGGAAAUGAAAAGGGGGCCAUAAAAAAAAUCCUUGUCUGGGCGCAUGUAAAAAAAAAUCCAAAAUCUGGCUUUUCACCUGAUUGGUCUAUUAGACAAAGAACUUUUAACUUCUUGUAGAUUAUACUAUUGUUCGUGAUAUAUGUAGUAAUCUCAACCAUAAUUCGAUUGUUGCUGUUAUUCGGUGUGAAAUUGACAUCCUCUUGAAUGUCCCCUAUAUUUUGAUUAGCUACUAAAUAUAAACUCUUCUGGGAACGUUUUUGCGGAUAGCGACCAGAUUAAAGUUUGUGUCAGGCUCUGUUUAUAAAAUAGAACUCAUACUCAGGCAAGUCAUCCUGCCAUUCCGCCUGAGAAUUUCAAUACUUGGAACACACCAGAUAUUACAACCUUCAGAAAAAUUAAAAAGGAACUGCCUGUUGAAGAAAUUGACUUAAAAAGAAAGUAUACUUGGCGCUACCAAAGCGAAGAGCAGAGUGGACCAGUUGGGCAUUCUGCUGUAGAUAUGUAUUGCCACCACCCUAUAGAAUAUUUUUUCACUCCAGGCUUCCUACCAGUUCGUUGGAUGGCUCCAGAAUCUUUAAAAGAUGGAAUAUUUUGCAGUGCUUCGGAUGUUUGGUAAGAAUUUCUUGCAAUGUACAAUAUUUGGUUUUAGUAUAAAUUUUGCAUAUCAAAUGAGCUUUCGCGCGUUCUGAUUGGCUAUUUGACUAGUAAAUCUGAGGCAUUAUUUACCACCUGGGUAGUAAAUAAUGCUUUUCAAAAAAAAUGAUUCGGCAAAUUUGGUUUCAAAAUCGACAAAAUAUUGAAAAAAUCGUCCCAGAAAAAGAAAAAAAGCACAAAGUGUCGUAUUUAACUUGAAAGGUAGGAUUUAGUAUUAUAUUACUGUGUCAAACAUAUUCACGGACAAUUUAAAACUUAUUUAAAACUCCGAAACAUUCGCUUCAAACGUAAAUCUGAAAUAGCAAAAAAUAUCCCGACUUUUGGGAAAAGCCGUGGUAUUCUUUUUAAAACAAUUUUGUUUUGUAUCCUAUAAAUAUCUCAAUUUGUACGAUACUAUUUCUUUUGACUAUGUCGUGUUUUCAUUGUGCUGUAUGGUGUCCUUUCGCUGUAUUGUACUAUUUGUGUUUUUAAAACUUGUAAAGUGAAAAGUGUAUUAAAACUUUUAUAUUAAUUCGAACGAUAUAGUUUUACGUUUCAUUUUACCAAAUUUCUCAGCCAUUUCCUGAACAAAUUAAUGCUAAACAGAAACUAUUUUUUAAUUCUAAGUCUGGUAAAAAAGUCAUUCCAUCAUUGUGUUUAUAUUCUAAGCAGAAAUCGAGAAAAAUAACUUUGUAAUAAAGCAAUAAAGUCGCACAGGAAGCCAUUUUGAAAGCGUGCGUGUACAAGAAACACUGCAACACUAAAACGUAAACCGGUCGAAAACAGUUUUAUUUCUGAAUUUUAAUUAAACUUAUAGUUGGAUAACUUGGAUAUUUUGUUUUAUUCAUUAAAAAUUUAUACUAAAACAAUUAUUCUUCUCAGGCUCAGUGAUUACGGUGAAUAUUCACCGGUAAUCACUUCGCCUUCGGCGAAUAAUUGUUAAAUAUUGGUAAAGUACAGUUAUCUUCCCCGAAGUUUUUGAAACAAAUUAAAAACAUCAACCUAUGCAGUUCUGAAAUAUCACCCACUCGAACUGACUACACCUCGUGACUCAGUUGAUAGAGCAUUGGAUCGCGGUCAAGCAAACUGCAAGCACACUGGUUAAAAUUUCCCUUAAAAAAACACUAUUUGCGAUUUGGCUGAACUUAAUAUUCCUGGUUAGAUUUCCCGGUUCUUUUAUCUCACUUCCUACCACAGUCUGGUUAAUGAAACAAGAUAGAUAAUUAUAUAUAUGUCAUUCUGCACUGCAACUUCACGUCGUUCUACGACCGACUUGUACCUACUGUAAGACUUAAGACUCGUAAAACAUCAACAUUCAGAGACUCCUAUUUUCCCCGUAUUGUCCAAAUGUGGAACACUCUACCUGAUGAUGUCAAGUCUUGAGCUUCUUUACGUACUAUUUAAAAAACGAGCAGGAGUGUUUUAUUAGGUUUAAAGCCACGAGCGCGCAGCGCGAGUGGCUUUAGACCUAAUAAAACACGACCUGCGAGUUUUUCAAAUGGCUUCAAAAACGUAUGCACAAUAAGUCAAAUCUUUAUAAAGACUAAAGAACUUUUUCAAUAGACGUUCUGUACUGUUUGACCAGGGGCCGGUUGUAUAAAAACGUGAUUAAAGUUAAUAUAUAUAUAUAUAUAUAUAUUAACUAUAGUUAGUGGAAACGUCAUCCAAUAAGAAUCGCGUAUUUGAGAGUUAAUCACUAUUUAACUACAAAAUAGUGAUUAAAAAAGUGAUAAAGAGUUUUAUACAACCGGCCCCAGGACAAUAUUAGAACUAGUUAUAAGUUGAUUUGUCCUAAAUGUCGUCACAGUAACCCUCUUAAUUUAUGUUCGUGUUAACACCGUCUUACUUGUAAUUGUAAUAUGUAGUGCUUACUCUCUGUGUUAGAUUGAUUGAGGGGUAAAUAUUGUUUGUAUAGUUAUAGGUGUUCAAACCUUGAAGGGGACCUCGUGUCCUAUUGUUUGUUCGCCAUGUAUCUAUAUUAUGUUAUUGUUAUUCAUGUAGUAUAUGUAUCUAUAUAUGCUGAAUUUUGAAAAUAAAAUAAAUCUGGUAAUAUUUGACCAGGAUGUUCUCGCUAAAAUAGCCAAACUAUGAUAGGUGGAAAAGAACAACAGGGGUCUCUGGUUAUUUAUCCACCUAACGUACAUAUAGUCAGGUUAUUUGGAGCAGAAAGUUUUGAAAUUAAUUAGAGUGAAACAGGAAAAGGAUUAUAAUAACCAGGAAAUUUAUUAACCUGGAAUAUUAAUUUAACCGAAAUGGGAUAAUUUCGAGAUUAACUAGGAAAAUUUUAACAUGAGUGUUGUUAGUGUAUCAGACGAAACAAAAUGUAUUUCUGAAAGAAUUUAUUUCCCCUUUGUCUUUGCUAGUCCGUGCAAGGUAAAGUUUUCUUAUACCCCUGUCUGUAUAUCUUAUUCGUGUAAACCAGGUUGAAAGGUUAUAUGUAAAGCCAUUACCCAGUAGUAAUUAUAAUUAUGACAAGAAAUGAUAAGUAUUUUUUCCAUUGUGUAAUAAGGUCGUAUGGUGUUGUUCUGUGGGAAAUGGCGACGUUAGCUGAACAGCCGUAUCAAGGAAAGUCGAAUGAAGAAGUCAUGAAAUAUGUUCUGGACGGAAAUAUCAUGGAUAUACCUGAAUCUUGUCCACGCAAAUUGUAAGUGUUGAUGAAGGAUAACUUAGAACAUUCAUUCAAAUUUAGUGUUCACGCUCUGGGAUUUCGCAAUUAAUCGCUUAAUACAUGGUGACCGCCUGUUGCAGGUCUUAUUAAAGGAAUACCGAAUGGUUUUCCGUGCAGGAUUGCGUGAUCCAUGCACGAGGGAUAUGUUGCGAGACUUUCGGAAAGCGUAAAAAUACACGAGCCGUAGGCGAGUGUAUUUUUACGCUUUCCGAAAGUCGAGCAACAUCCCAAGUGCAUGGAUCAUGCUAUCCUGUACGGGAAAACCAUUUGGUAAUUGUUUUAUAUAAUUACUACAGUGAAACGACGCUUAACUUGAUUAAAAUUACUGAUGAAAUGUGCAGUUCUCACAACAUUCGUGAAUUAAGCAAUCAGAGAAUCGCUACUCCACGCUAUUGAAAACAACAACAUAUGUGAACAGAAUUUGAUCGCAAAUUCGCGAAAAUAUACAGCGAAAAUACAGCGACUUUUUCGAUAAAAUAUACGAAAUUUGAAAUGGAAAACCUGCUAAACAGAGAGCCAAAGUAGUUUUGAAGAUUCUCGAGCUGAAUAUGUGAAGAUUGCCAAGCGUUUGAUCAACUUUGAAGCGAGAGAUGUUGUACUUGCAUGCCAUGGUCUAAUGAAUUUCAACGCUACGCGUUGCUAUACUUGCUGAAUAGCAAUGUAUCGAUCAGAAAUUUAUUCAUACAACUAAACCAACGUCUCAAUAAUUGGAAACUUACUUCAAAGUCGAAAGGUAUCGUACAAUGAAACUUUACAAUGCGAGUAUAUUUGUAAAAUUAUGUGCAAGAAUUUCUGUUCAGAAUUUCCCGUGCAGGAUUGUCUGAUCCUGCACGGCUGUUGACCAAUCAAAUUGCGUGUUUCACUGUAGUUAUUAUAUAAACAAAUAUACUCCGGGCAGCUUAAAUGUCAUUUAAUAUUUUGAAAGUGAUAUGGUAUUAUUAACUUCUUAUUAACCGAACGCGAGGUCUGUAUAGGGAAAUAUCGAUAUUUCUCUGUACAUACCGAGGAAGCGAGGUCAAUAAAAGCUUAUUAUAUAGCAUUUAUAGGUACUGAUACAUGAAACAAACAAGGAAUGCAUGAUUUGAAAUGCAUAUUAGUAUCGUUGUACACAUUUGGUCGAAGAAAACAAAAAAAUACCAGUGUAUUCCUUCUUUUCCACUUAAAACCAUUCGCAGAUAUUUUAUUAGUAGCAAAUUAAAUUAUAAUUAUGAAACUUAAUGAAAACAACUGAACAUGAGAACAAAUGAAAAAAUGACAGAGCCAGACCGCGGAUCUUUAGCUUUAGAUAGGGGGGGGGGUGCUAUUUUUGAUGAUAAAGCAAAAAAUAAUGGAGACAAAAUGAGAUACAGUAAUUUGAGCAAUAACAUGAUGUUAAGCGAACUGUGAACAACAAUUACAAUUCAAAUACAGUAUGUUGUUUUGUUGAUGGGCUGGCGGCACAGAUGACCGACACAACUCGGUAGCAGAGCUGGCAAAUCAUGCUGUAUCCAUAUAUAUUAAGUUCGAUUCGGCUCAACAAAAUUAUUCAGCCUUGUUAUGGGCCAGCAAAAUGUCUUGCAAUUUUUUGUGACGCAUCACCAGAUUACAUGGCGUCUAUCGAUGACCGUUUAAUAUAGCCACAAAACAAGGAAAAAUUAUGUUUGGAACUGUGUGAAAGGUGACCGUUUUAUAAAGGUCACUUCAACAGCAUUUACAUUAUGAAAUUUUUGGUACGUUUCCAAAUGACCGCUUAAUGAACGGUUAAAGUCCAGUCAAAACCCAGGUACCUGCUGUAUAAUGGCUUUCCAUGAUGAACUAGGACCACUGAGCGGUUGCGCGAAUCCCGGGGCAAAAUUCGCCCUGGGGGGGCUAUGCGGUAAAAAUUGUAAAACAGAAGAAGCGGUGUGUUACAAUAUAAUACACUUUAUUGCAUAUGAUCCGGCAAUGACGCAGCUAGGAUUUAUAUUCUCGGUUAAGCAGUUUUGUUCGAAGAAAUUUUAAGGUCCUGCCGCUUUCAGGUAUUAAGGGUCCCCUUUGAGUGUUUGGGGUCCUGGGCAAAAUUUCCCCUCCUCUCCCGAUGGUACUGCUUAUUGGGAUUGUAUAAAAUUGGGGGUUCGGUCAGGGUCAUUGUAUAUGUGUGAAACUACAAACGUUGUAAGUUAUCGUUGUUAUACGUUGUAACUUAUCCAGUGUUUUUAUUAUCCAUAAUUUUGAUGUAUUAAUGGUUAUUUUCUAUUUUUAGAAUGGAAAUAAUGUUGCUCUGCUGGCAAUACAAACCCAGACUGCGACAACCCUUUUUGUCUAUUGUGGAGACUCUGGAAGGAUAUCUAUCAAUAGAAUUCACUGAAAGAUCAUUUUAUCACAACGAUCGUCUACGAAAUGAAACAGACACAAGCAGUCUCGUCAGUCUGACGACGGAAAACGAUAAUUUAUCAGAACUACCGGAUAUUUCAACAAAUCAUGUUGAAAAGAAUCCUAGAGAGAGUUUUGUUUGAUUUUCCUUACGAGGUAUUUCGUUGAAUAAUGAACUGUAAAAAGUAAUUUGACACGUAUCUCAAAAUGUACACGUGCAAACUAUAUUUCAAAUAUGUAAGGCUCAACCACGGCGUCUAAUUCCAUGUACAGUCUGCCGGAACUGAUACAUCCAUCCGCAAGGUUUUAAUACAAAAAGGUUUUCAAAACACCUGUAUUUUUAUACACUAGAAAAUUAUGCAAUCCAGACAGUAAUUAGUUCAAUGUAUUUGCGAUCAAAAUAAUUAGACUGAAAUGAGAUAAGAAAUUAAUUUAUUAGGAUUUAUUCAAAUUAUACAUUGUAGAUAGUAAUGAGACACGAAAUGAUAUAAAUAAUGUAGAUAAAUCAAAUUGGGAAAAGACGAGGCCAAAGAACUUGGCUGACUGCAAAUGUAAAAAUACUUUUACCAGAAUUUCCGCCUACAAUGUAGCUGAUAUUUCUAGAGCUGCUCCAGAUUGAUCGAUUACUCGAUUUUUGUGGGAUCUAACGAUAAUAGAAUCAAGAAAACAGCCGUGUGCAAAGCAUGACACAUGCAUAAUAACUUUUUUCCCGCGCGCGCACGAUAAAAAAAAACACGAGGAGAUCGCAUUGUCGAUGUGAUGAAAUGACAAACACGGCUUGUUUGGCUGCUAGAAUAUUUAUUCAGUACGAUUAAUCGAUUGUUAAUUAUUUAUUCAGUACGAUUAAUCGAUUGUUACGAUGAUGAACCGAUGGAACAGCUCUAGUUAUCCACUGAUCUCAAUGUAGUUCUAAUUAAGUUAAAAGUGGAAGUCAAAUCCGUUCUGCGCAUCGGUUCUGCUCAUAACAAUGUAACCCUCUAAUGAAAACAUUGCCCAAAUUUCGAAUGUUUCGAAUUUUUCUGAACAUAAACUCUAUUUCACUCUCUCCUCCGCAGAGCCUCCUUAAGUAUAUACAAAGUAACUUACAUGAAGUUUCCUGAAUAAAAGUGAGCGCGCGGGGUGUGAUGGGAAGAUUGAAAUGAAGUUGGGGAGGCUCUGCCAGAUAAUGCGACGAAGUAUGGCUUUUGAACCAAAUAGUUGUUUGACCUUUUUUUAAACUUGAAAUCGACGGAAAUGUGAAAGAAAUUGAAAUGAAUCUUCAUAAUCUGAGUAUCGAAGUUCAAUAGAGUCAUUUUUAUAAAGAAAUGUUGCAAUUAAGAGGAUAUCUAUAAUCAGAUAGCUCGUAUCCAUUGAUAUUCGUUUGCAAUUUCUCAAUAUUUUUCGAUGCAAAUGGACAGAAGAAGAUAUUGAUAUUGAAUUCACUCCAGGAUACGCAAGUACGCCUGAAAAUGAAAGUCGAAAACAUGUUUUAACACCCCCCGAUGGUUGUUCGAACUUCGCUACAAACGAUUAUAUACGACGCCAUAUUGAUUGCAUUAACUCGCAGAGGCUUCCCUUAUUUCGUUCUUCCCAUCACUCCUUGCGCGCUCACUUUUCCUUCACUAGAAACUUCAUGUAAGCCUCUGCGAAGGAGAGAGCUAUUUCAUAUUCAUUUAGAAGCAUAGCGAACCAAAAUGGUGUUAGAUAUUCAGACAGUACAUCAUAUUUUUAAAAGAUACAGCAGUUCAAAAUGUAAACAAACCGUUUGUUUACAUACGGACUUGACUUCCACUUUAAGUUGUUUGCAAUUUUUAACUAGCUACUUUUAAACCAAGGAGCCGAUGGCUUGAACAUUGACUAGGAAACUUUAACCAAUCGUUUUGGUUUUUGGACUUCUGCAUGUCUUAUUUCAAAACCUUGGCAAGUUCUAUAGAUAAUUGAGGUCAGUGGAUAACUUUGUUGAAGUGUCUGCAACAUAUUCAGCUAUAAUUGAGGUCAGUGGAUAAUCUUGUUGACAUGUUCUCUGAACAAACAAGUUCUUAUAAUUGACGCUGUUGCACGCUGCAUUUUAUCAAUGUAAUUUGUAACACAAUUUCGGCAUAAAACCGCUAUUCUGUGUAGAAAUUUACUAACAGAAGACCACUCGAAAUUCGGAAAUUGGGAAAUGAUUACAAUCUAAAUGAGCGUUGAUUUGAUGUUGAAACGUCUCUUUAAUCUUGUUUAUUAAUACAGCUAAUUCUCCUUAAAGUGCAUAUGACAUGAAUUUUCUUAAACGAAAGAACUCGUUAAGCUGUAGUGUAACUUAUUUUUCAGUUUCUUGUUUUUAUGGUUUGUUCCCGAGAUAUUUCAAUUUGUUUGAUAUAUAAAUGAGUGUGAAUAUGUCCGCUAAUUUAUGACGUCACGUUGGUUGCAAGCUCAACUUACACUGGUUAUAAAUCUAUUAACUCUAAAAAUUGUAGAUAUCUGUUCCCCUUUUUUCUACAGUGUUUCAUCACAUUUACCAGUGAGUGAAGUUUGAAAUCAUCAUCUUGGAUGAUAGCAGUGAUAUUCAACCAUUUUGAAGAGCUUGCAACCAACAUGACGUCAUAAAUUAGCGGACAUAUUCAAACUCAUUUACAUAUCAAACAAAUUGAAAUAUCUCGGGAACAAACCAUAAAAACAAGAAACUGAAAAAUAAGUUGCACUGCAGCUUAAAGAGUUCUUUCAUUUCAGAAAAUAAGAAAUUUCAUGUCAUAUACACUUUAAGAAGUUUAACUCGAUUUUUAUCUUUGUUGCACCAAAAAGGGUUCUGUAUUCACGCUUACUCAAUAUAAACAAAAAGAAAAAUCUGAAAAGAUUACGCUUUUGCAUUUAAAACCAUUGUUGGUUGAGUAUAAUGCACCUGUCAACGUCUUGGCCCAACGGGGAAGUGCGGGCAUGCCAAGGGGCUAUUGACAUUUUCAAAAAAUUGUCGUCAAUACUCCGCACUCGAGGGCUCUAUACGCUAUUGUCAAUUCAUGUAGAAUGCCCUGGGUCAGAUCAAACUUUUGACCAUUGUUAAAAUAUUUUUGGAGUAACAGUUUUGACCACAGCGUCAAACAAUGUUACUUCCUCUACAAACGUAUCCCGAGGCGUAGCUAGCCCCUAACAACUGGGGGGGGGGGGGCUAAUCGUCCAGGAUUUCUCUGUUUUUAGGGUGUGCGAAAUGCUAUUCAUUUUUCUAGGUGAAAAAUAUCACAAACUCACUCGCUCCCUCUGGAGAAUCUUUUAUGUCAAAGUAAUUGACAAAAUCCCCUACAAGCUAGGGAAACAUAUUCUCAAUAUAUCGCCCGUGUAUCCUAGCACUCCUGUUGUUGGGUGGAGGCGGGGGGAUUGAUAUGUGCAUAAUAUUCCAUGCCGAAAUUGCAUUACAAGUUGCAUUUUUGUCAUUAGUGCAGCACAGGAAAAUGAAUAUAUAUUAAAUAAAUUAGAUAAUACAGUAGUUUUGUACUUUAUUUCUGUACUUUAUAAUAUGUGCCAUUUAAACACAAUAUUUGUUGUUGUGCUGUCUUGUUCACUCUCGUCCCGAGCUGCAUGCUAUAAUGUGGCACAGGUUUAUUUUUGACCUCAUAAUUUUUGUUGCCGUUGUCGGGGAAGCGCA